AUGAAGUCCAAUAUUAAGAGCAGCAUCUGCGGCAAUCUAUUACAUACCUUUUACAUGACGCACGGCCACUGCAUCGAAGCCGCUCCGCGCACACGCACGCAUAGAUGCCCUCAUUGCCGUACGAUGAAGACGUCAUGCGGAGAGACAUGGGAGCGCAUCACGACUGCAAUUCGACUUUCCAGAAAAGAUGGCAGCAUGCCCGAGACUGUCUUGAGCUUUGCCACCGCGCUGGACCUCAUCAUACACCUCUACAGCCGCGCACAAGACGCCUGUGCCGCCGUCGAUGGCGUGACGAUGGCCACGGACCGUUGUUUUGGCGGGCUGCAGAGGCAGUUGAAAUCGUUUAUACGGCUAGACGGGAGCAACACGGUGCAGCUUCUUCUGCACGGAGCCAUGGGCGACAUGGGCUACGAGUCCGGCAGCCAGAACCAGCUGGAUCCAACGGUCGUAGAGCUGUAUACUUCGUUGUUGGCGGCGCUCAUCCAGAGCCACGGCCCGGACUUGCGUCUGAAGACACCGCUCCUGCGCAGCGCCGCUAGCCUGCGCGUCUCGGGCGAGGUGACCAUCGCCAUGGUCCUAUACGCAAGCUGCUGGUUCUUCGAGUACGACCCGUCCUCCACCCCCCUGGUUGUCAAGGUGUGGUGCGCAUGGCUGCCGUCGCGGCAGUCGGACGAGCAGGAAGCCUACGUGAACCCCGAGGAGCACAUGUACGUCGGCGUCGGGCCGCACGACGCGCGGGACGAGCUGCAGAGGCACAACGGCCGCGGCGUGGUCAACUUUGCGCUCCGGAGCAUGGUGCCCCGGGCUCGCCACGAGGGAGCCUGGGACGUGGUUGCUUUCCGCGACGUCAUGGCGUUCCGGAGCGGGAUGCUGGUGACGGACUGCCUGUCGCGGGACAACCGCGAUCUCGGGGCCUUUGUCCAGGUCAUCGCGCAGUUUCCGGCGCUGCUGGACCCUUCCGAGGCCGGGGACGUAUGGUCCGGCCACCCAAUCGUCCACCUCGGGCGCGCCGCCCUGUUUAUACGCCAGAUCAAGCACCUCGUUGUCUGUUCGGGACGCCCCCGCAACAUGAGCAUCAUAUUUAGCUUGCUGUAUGCGCUGUCGAGCCCUCGGCAAAACAAGCACAUACGGGGCUUGGUGUCUCCGAGUCCGUCGCAGUCGGUGGCCUGCUGCCCUGCCCCCUUUUGCGGCGCCGAUGCGUUGCCCUGUGACUUGGACAGGCCCUUGCCCGUCCACGAGGGUGGCGCCUCGACAAAUCCGGUGCGGCUGCUGGUCGCGUCGAUUGUUCAAGAGGGGCUGGAUGCCGAGGCGUGGCAGAAAAACAUCGAUCGUCGCCUGCGGCUCUGCCAUGAGUGGUCUCGUGGGAUGCAUGGCCAUUUGGGCCCAUAUGAUCCUGUCAGCGCUGCCAGGUCCGUGGCGCCGACAUGUAUACGGAUCCUCAUGCGCAUAGCUCAGCUAUGUGGUUGCGACAUGACGUCUGGCAUGGGCGGCCGUGCCGAGGGUUUGUAA